CAUGGCUUCACUCAAGGCAAGACCAAACAUCUCGUCACUUGCGAGUGUGUGUUUUCUCAGAAAUUUUUCAAUUCGUGCGGAGUUACGAGAAUGGCACCGGUGAAGAUGCCUUCUUUGGUCAAGUACAACCAGCCGCUCUUUGCAGCUUCUGAUGACGGUACAGUGAUGAAGAACAUACAGGAGACUCACAAGCCAGACGGCAGGAUGUUCGAUGUCAAGCCUGUCAUGAUUGUCGUUGAACAGAUCUUUCGCCAGGCUGCUCCUGCUAUGCUGACUACUACUUCCCAAGCUCCGGCUGUUGCAGAAAGCAAGGCUCAUGAUGAUUCGAUGAACCUUGAUGCUCUAGGUGGCCUGUCUUACACCAUACACAAGAUUGGUUGCGAGAUAACAUGCAAGUGCUCUGGAGGCUCCGACUCACAUGCGACGACGAUGGCACUGCUCAGCGGGACACUGAGCCUCUAUUCUUGGGAGGGAAAGGCGGUACUGGUUCUGGCUGCCUUUGCCAUGAGCUAUGGAGAGUUCUGGCUCACUGGCCAGCUUUAUGCAGUCAAUCCCCUGGCCAAGUCUGUAGCACUCCUCAAGCAGAUGCCUGAACUGCUAGAACAUGUUGACGCGCUCAAGCCAAAGUUUGAUGCCUUAAACAACUUGAUCAAGGAAAUGCUGGAGCUCACAAGGUGCAUAAUUGAGUUUAGUAACCUGCCCGUAGACUAUAUCUCCAUGGAAGCCCCAGCAAUGGUCACAGCUCUGUCUCAUAUCCCAACUGCGGUCUAUUGGAUCAUCAAGAGUGCGGUGACAUCGUCGGCUCAGAUCAUUGGUCUGAUUAGCAUGAGCCAUGAGUAUCUUGUUUCAACAUCUGAGGCUUGGGAGCUUUCGAGCUUAGCUCACAAGGUGAACAACAUCCAUGGCCACCUAAAAAAGCAAUUGGAGAUAUGCCUGCAGACCAUAGAUGAGAAGAAGUCAAUAGAAGCUUACAGAAUACUUGAGCAACUCAUCCAAACAACACAUGUGGACAAUGUGAAGAUUAAGAGGGCAUUUUUCCCUUCCAAAGAUGACUACCCCUUCAUCCGGGGUUCAGUUGACAAGAAGGUACAUGUGGAGUCAUUGCGCCGGAAGAUUGUGCUGCUACUGUUCUCAGACUUGCAAAUCACAGAGGAGGAGCACCUAACUUUUCUCAGUGCUCUCUAUCAAUCCCAUAAUAGCCACGGCCAGGAGAACAUCUUUGAGGUAAUUUGGGUGCCAAUCGUGGAUCCGAUCAACGACCUCAAUCGCGGAAAGCAGGAGGCCAUACUGAAGGUGGCAGGUGAAAUGCCAUGGCUGACAGCCUAUCCACCGCCACACCCGAACUCCGCCUUUGUGAAGUACGCGCGCAAGGAGUGGAGAUUCAACAAGAAGGCCAUCUUGGUAGCUUUGGAUGGGCAGGGGAAAGUUACCAAUCCAAAUGCCUUAUACAUGAUCAACAUAUGGGGUGGCCUUGCCUACCCUUUUUCAACCGAAAGAGAGGAAGCACUUUGGAGAGCAGAGACCUGGAGGCUCCAUUUUGUCGUCGACGACAUUGAUCUUGUCCUGUCCUCCUGGAUAUUGGAGAAGAGGUACAUAUGCCUAUAUGGGGGAGAGGACAUCGAUUGGAUCAAGUCGUUCACGAGCAAGAUGAAGGAGAUCAUGAAGGCGGCAGGUGUGAGCAUAGAGAUGGUGUACGUGGGGAAGGCUCACCCAAGGGCUCCCACUAAGAAGAUCAUCGACACAGUGUUGAGGGAGAGAAUCAGCGCCUCGUGGCCCUUCGAGUCCAUUAGCUUCUUCUGGACACGCCUCGACAGCAUGCUGCACUCUCGGAUGCAGAUUCAGAAGGGGACAGAGGCAGACAGGAUCCAGCAGGAGGUGAUCACCCUCCUCACCUACGGCAACAGCGCCCGUGGCUGGGCGCUCCUUGCCAGGGGCGACCUCGAGAUGUUCGUGAACGAGGGUCGUGCCCUCAUCCACGUCCUCGACAACUAUAUCUCUUGGAAGGACAAGAUCCCGGAAAAAGGCUUUAACGGCGCAUUCCAGGCCGGCCACGACCUCCACAGGACCGCCGACCACUGCGUCAGGCUCGUGCUCCCCAGCAGCAGCCCUGUCCAUCAAGUCACCUGCCCCGAGUGCAGAAAGCACAUGGAGAGGUACCUCCUCUUCCAGUGCUGCGAUGCCCAGCUCGUUCCAGACCCUGCCGCCGCUGCGACUGCUAACGUUGCUACCGCAGCUGCUGGUGCAGCUACUGCUACUGCUGGUGCAGCUACUGCUACUGCUGCUGCAGCUUCUGCCCUUCAAAGUGGCAUACCGACAAGAUUGAUAGAGUAGCCACUGGCUGAGUCGUAUGAGUCCUACUGAAGUUUCCGACUGAAGUAAGGAUCAUAGAAUUCGUAAUAAAAGCUGUUUUGUUCUUUGGUGUUUGGUCAUGCGAUUUUAAUUUGUUUUACUUGGGCAUAUAUACACAUAUGCCCUGAGUUGUUUGCUGUGUUAAUCAUAUAAGCCGUGGUGAGGCUUUUUGUAAUUGGUCUUUGAUUUGCUGUUUGAUUGUAAUCCCUGUUGCAGUCAUAAAUGAUCUAAAUUAUGGAUA